UUUAACGCGGGACACUCGCAGUGAGCGCAACUCCAAUGACAUUAGUUACUUUAGUGUCGAAUAGUGAGUCAUAAACAGCGUCUUGUUCCGAUGGAUGUUGAUUUGUACGCGUACUUUGGCCUCAGAGAUGAUUGUACUGCAAAGGACAUUCAGAGAGCGUAUAAGAAGAAGGCAAGGGAGGCACAUCCUGAUAAAAAUCAAGACAAUCCGUUGGCAAAGGAAUCAUUUCAGCAACUGGCUCUUUAUUUUGAAAUUCUGCACGAUCCCGUUAAAAGGAAAGAAUAUGAUCAGAAAUGGAAAGCAAAAAGAGAGGCUAUUAAAAGAAUGGAAUCUAUGGACUGGUCACGAAGAAAGCUUAAAGAAGAGCUAGAAGCGAGAGAAGCGGCUGCCAUGGCUUUGCGGAAGAGGCAGUUUGAAACUGUAGCUAAACAACAAGCAGCCGACCAGAUUCGCAGGGAUUGGGAACGCCAUACUGAAGAAAUGAAGUGGCAAGCUGAAAGGAAACGAAAAUCUUCAAAUGAGGAAACUGACGAUGUGAAGUUCAAAUGCACUAAAUCUGAUCAGGCUGUGGUUAGAAUAAAAUGGGCUUACGGAGAAAACUUUCAGGCCAACGCUUGCUAUACAGAAUCGUUCCUAAGAACAUGUUUGUCAGAGUUCGGUGACGUGAUAGCUUUCGUCAUUGGUAAACGUGGCAGUGCCAUUGCUGAGUUUUCCACCUACAAUGAAGCAAAAAAAGCCAUAAAGGCAUCUGAACGUGGGGCAGUUGGUCUUCCAAGUUUACCCCUUCAAUUAUCAUGGUUGUCAACAAGUAAUAUAAAUGUGGUUAGUGAUUCAAUUAACGUCAAAGAUAAACAAGUGGAAAAAGAUAAAUUCAUGUAUGAACCAACUCCAAAUAAUAAGUCUAACUUUGAAACAUUCGAACAAGACAUCUUAUCUCGUAUGGCAAACUUUGGACAAUAAAACUUGAAAAGACUAUGUAUAGGAAAAGAAUCCGUCAGUAAGAAUGUACAAAAUGCUACUUUUUUAUUGUGAAUAUACAUGAAACCAAAUUCAAUAAUUUUUUCUGCUGUACAUAGAAAUCCACAAUAAAAAUGAUUUGAAUUC